CCGCCCUAACCUAAGAUUCUAGAAACAUCAACAACUGACAACAUUGAUCUCAAUUUGUGUUUUAAGCACAAAAACGCACCAUGGAUAGUUCAAAAAAGCUCUUCCAGCAACAGUACGGAAUAGCGCGAUGGAAAUAUUACGACGACAUAAUCAAGAGGCUUCGUUGCCCCAAAGAAGAAGAAUACACUCAACUCCUCCCCACAGAAGACGUCAUUUGUGACACCCCCAUAUUCGCGUGUAAGUUUGCUCAACAAAAAAGCAAUGAGACGUUUCUAGCAUUAGCUAACGAAGAUGGCAAACUCGCCAUCCACGACACCGCUAAAAAGCAGGAGCCCUACGGUAUCCGCGCCCACAAUAACGCCAUUUUCGAUUUAGCGUGGAUGUUCGAAAACAUGAAAAUAGUCACAGCUUCGGGCGAUCACACAGCAAAGCUUUUCGAUGUUUCUAACGCUGAUGUGAGGGAAAUUAAAGCGUUUUAUGGACACACGAGGUCGGUGAAGACUAUCGCGUUUAGGAAAGAGGAUCCGAGCGUUUUUGCGACGGGGGGUAGAGAUGGAAAUAUAAUAGUGUGGGACACUCGAACGCAAGGGGGUAGUUUUAUAGGGAAGGUUGAUAGGACGAUUUUGAAUUCGCAUAAUACUAAGACCACGCCGAGUAAAACUAGGAAAAAAUGUAUUUGUUUGAGUCCGUCGAGGGCUUCUAAUGCUAAGUCUGUGACUGGGUUAGUGUUCCAAGAUGACAAUACUUUGAUUUCUUGUGGGGCGGGUGAUGGGGUUAUAAAAAUUUGGGAUUUGCGGAAAAAUUAUUUAUUUUAUAAACAUGAACCUAUACCAAAAAAUAAAAUUCCGUAUGGAGGGUCUACGACGAAGAAUGGGUUUAGUAGCUUGAUUAUUGACAAGGACUGUGUUAAAUUGUACGCUAAUUGCUUGGAUAAUACCAUAUAUAGCUAUAAUAUAGGCACUUACAACCCAGAACCUGUUAUGAAAUAUGUGGGACAUCAGAAUAGCACUUUUUACAUUAAAGCUUCUCUAAGCAGAGACGGAAUGUAUUUGAUUAGUGGUAGUAGUGAUGAAAAUGCAUAUAUCUGGAAUACAAAUUCCUCCCGACCUGUUGUGAAGCUAACGGGACACGUUGCUGAGGUCACUUGCGUUGCUUGGUGUGAAAGAGAUGACGUCACUGUAGUAACAUGUUCCGACGAUAUGUCCCAUAGAAUUUGGCGAAUUGGACCUGAAGAACUCCCAGACAACUGGGAAAUAAUAGGCAAAGGAAAAGCGGAAGUCCUUCCACUGAUACCAGUUGAAUCUAAAUUGAAACGAUCAAACGACGAACUUACAACAGUCCCUAAAAAAUUAAUAAUCCCGUGUAAAAAAUGCGACAGCCCCUCGACAAACGACUUUUGCCAAAACUGUUUUGGCGGCUUAAAAAGAAAACAGGAAGAAGAAAUCCCCAACGAAACUAAACGACACCAUACAGAACUAGGACCACGUCGCCUAUUCCACAAUCUCCUAGAUGACAACACCACCAGUAACUUAUCACCAAUUCCCGAAGACGAUCCAGAAAAGAAAAUCCCGACUUUAAAUUUACCCAAUUUCGUAAUUGAUGGUGUAGCGCCCCAUUUGAAUUUUUCGCCGGAAAAGCGGAGAGAUCAGGACUGGUUGACCAAAAUUCGAAUCGAACGGAAAUUUAAAAAGGAUUUUCUGGAUGGCGCCUCCACUUCCAACCCGCCGAAAGUACCUAGAUUGGAUUCCACACCAAAAAAAUGUUCCUCGCCUCAGAGUCCGCUUUUGAGGUUUUUUAAAGUUAAGUGUGAAGGGCAUGCCUGUUCGAGUAAGGCUGCGCCUGGGUCGCCUACGUUAACGGCAAGUCCUAAAUCAAGUCAAUAAUGUUAUGUUAUGCUAUGGUUAUGACAUUUAUCUCAUUUUUAAGACUUCUGUAUUCGUAGUUUAGGCGUUUACGAAUUUUUGUGUUUUCAAAUCUUUAUUAUUGUAUUCUGUUUGUACUGUUUUCGACCCUAAAAUAAAAAGUAUUAUUUAUUUUUUUCCA